UUAGACAGAAUGUAAAGUCAGUUAGUGUAUUAAAAUAAACCGAGUUUAGGAGCAGAACACAGUAAACAAACACAGUAAACAAACACAGUAAACACAGAAUGUAAGCACAGGUAAUGCACUACAUUAUUAGCGAAGGUGUCCGUGUCGGAUGUGUGUAAAAAAGUUAAUGUUUAACAGUUAUGUGAUUGUGUAACAGCGUGAGGGGAGUCACGUAAAAACGCGCGCGCGCACACACACGCGCACACACACGCGCUCCUGAUCAGAUCUUCAGACUGGUUUUGUGGUGUAACUGGUGUAAUGGGUUUGUGUGUGAGGAAUGGGAGAGCUCUGCUGUCUGUGCGGAUGGGCGUCUGUCAGCAGUGUUCAGGCGGAUUCAACACUGCAGUCAGACUGAACACUGCAGUCAGACUGAACACUGCAGUCAGACUGAACACUGGAGUCGGACUGAACACUGGAGUCGGACUGAUGGACACUAAUAAAGGACUGCUGUUCCGCCAGUUGUUUGAGUCCUCCAGCAGUACCUACACGUACCUGUUGGCAGAUAAGAGCUCUCGGGAGGCCGUGCUGAUUGACCCGGUUCUGGAUACGGUGGAUCGGGACAUGAAGCUGAUCGAGGAGCUCGGACUGAAACUCACCGUUGCAGCAAACACACACUGCCAUGCGGACCAUGUGACAGGAACUGGGCUGCUGAAGAAGCGAAUAUUCGGGGUGAAGAGCGCGAUAUCUAAACACAGUGGAGCGCGUGCUGACAUCAUGCUGUCAGAAGGGGAUGCCAUCAAGUUUGGAAAAUAUUGUGUAACAGUGAGAGAGACUCCAGGACACACUGAUGGCUGUGUGACGUUUGUGACAGGAGAUGAAACGAUGGCUUUCACUGGAGAUGCUCUGCUGAUCAGAGGCUGUGGGAGAACCGACUUCCAACAGGGCUGUAGCCAGAAACUCUACCACUCUGUCCACAAGAAGAUCUUCACUUUACCAGGACACUGUCUCAUUUUUCCUGCACAUGACUACAAAGGACAGACUGUAUCCACUGUGGAGGAGGAGAGAAAGUUUAACCCGAGAUUAACCCGCUCACUGGAGGAGUUUGUGGAAAUCAUGAACAAUCUGAAACUCCCCAAACCGGCCAAGAUCGAUGUGGCUGUUCCUGCUAACCUGCUAUGUGGGCUUCAUGAUGUUUAAAAAGAAAAUGACUUUAAAUGACUUUAACGUUUGUAAAACAGAUGAGUUCAUUAGUUAAAGCUGAUAAAUAAAUAAUAAAUGUCCAGUCACAAUUUUUUGGUUAUUAUAUAAAGUGUGUUUGAUAAUUAUAUAAAAAUGUAAUGUUUAGUGCUGAGUAAUCCUGAAUAAAGACCUUCUGAAUGUGCAA